GUGCAAAGCUCACACAAAUGGAGAAGCAGAGGCAGCAGUAGCUAGGGCUCAGAUAUUUUCUCCCCCCUCCUCCCUCUCUUUGAGUGUAAUUUUAGAUUGAGAUUCAGCUUAAAUCCAAGGGGAAAACACUUUAUAAGGCUGAAAGCUGUAUAGUUGCAACAGCCAAGGUUAUGGGCUAUCAAAUGCAAUUACAUUAAAACAGAUUAUACUGUGCAAAUUGAACCAUUUAGAAGGUGAGAACCAAAGAAACAGCUCUGAUCCCCCCCUUUUUUCUAAAUUGCAGUUUUAGUUCCUUGCAAUUCCAAGGUACGAAAGUAGGUGAGACUGCUUUUGUAUCUGCAAAGUGCUUCAUUUUUGAAGGUAAUUCUAACUGAGUGCAAUCUAGGUUAAAAGCUGGACAACUGGAUAAUUAGAGCUCUCUCACUGCUAGAGGACAAUCAGCCGUACGUGGCAGCUCAUCUUGGCUCCCACGUAGACUAGCUCUUUUCUGCCUUGAGUGGAGGCUAUUGGAGACAGAGCAUCUGCACCCCGACUUCCUCUGAACCCUGAGAUGAUGGUGCUGGACAAGGAGGACGGUGUGCCAAUGUUAUCCGUCCAGCCGAAAGGGAAGCAAAAGGGCUGCGCUGGCUGCAACCGGAAGAUUAAGGACCGAUACCUUUUGAAGGCCUUGGAUAAGUACUGGCAUGAAGAUUGUCUAAAGUGCGCCUGCUGCGACUGUCGCCUGGGAGAGGUUGGAUCAACACUUUACACAAAGGCAAAUCUCAUUCUCUGCCGCAGAGAUUACCUGAGGCUCUUUGGGACCACGGGGAAUUGUGCUGCCUGCAGUAAGCUGAUCCCUGCCUUUGAGAUGGUGAUGAGGGCCAGAGAUAAUGUUUACCAUUUGGACUGCUUUGCCUGCCAGCUUUGCAACCAGAGAUUUUGCGUGGGAGACAAAUUUUUCCUGAAGAACAACAUGAUCUUGUGUCAGAUGGACUAUGAGGAGGGGCAGCUGAACGGGAGCUUUGAGCCCCAAGUUCAAUAACAAACCCUGCUUUGCUGAAACACUGUGGGAUGGACGUUCAGCCGCACUAGCAGUGAAGGGCGUCUGUCAGCUUGCCUGCAAUAUUUUUUUAAUUCUCGGUCCACAAAGGACUCUAUACAUUGUAGUAUUUUCCCCCCUCCCCACAACACAAAGCAGUUACAAUUUUAGAUGUACAGUUGUGCCUGCUUAGCUGAGCACUGCAUUGCCUGUAUGUUCGUGAGUUUUUGGGGGGGGAAUAUUUGGGGGAGGGCUCUGUACAGUCUGUUUUUUCUGUAUAUAAACUGGAACAUUUAUUUUAUGAAAAAUGUAAUGCAAUUUUAUUACAGGUGUGAAUUAAAAAAAAUAUGAAUGUU